AACAGCGUUGCUUUGCAAUGCUUUGCAAGACGAGAGCAUGCACAGCAAGCUUUUGGGCUGAUAUGAUCGCAAUCUCUGGUGUCAAGAGGCGCCCGGGCCGCAACAACGGAGGUUUCAGCCUAAGCCUCUUCUCCUUUUGCCAUCACCUCCGACGCACACCAAACAGUGUGCACUACAAAUGGUAUGUAAAUGCGAAGGAAUUCUGAUGGUAGUGCCUGCUCUCACGUUCCCUUGCCUCGAGGCCGAUAUCGUGAACCGAGGAGAGCUGACAUUGAUGGACCUGUCCGUUAUGGCUGGCAUGCGGACAAAUGUUCCCACUUCUUGGGCCUGGAGAGAGCCAUUCCUGGACUGCUCCUCUGGUAACCAACCACGGCUCGAGGGGAUGCUCUUCCUCAAUGGGAUGAAUUACGGAAGCCAUUCAUGGGCAAUGGCGCAUUUGACCAUAAGCGUUCUCACCCCGCUAUCUUGAAGCUUCUCGUCCAUAAUAAAGAAAGCCUCGAGGCAGCGGAUGUGCGUGCCCUUCCGCUUCUUCAAAAUGAAAUCGUGCUCCACACUCCCAGCU